AUGAUGUCCAGUCUUCGGCUCCUCUGUCUGAUCGCGCAGCUGUCGGUUACCCAGCUGGCCGAAGCAGGGCCGGUGGUAAUGUGUGAGCCCUGCGAUGUGGCAUCAGUGAGCCAGUGCACGCCGGUGCCCUCAGAUUGUGCCGAGAAGGUCCGUGAGCCCGGCUGCGGCUGCUGUAUGACUUGCGCGCUGCGCGAGGGGCAGUCAUGUGGGAUUUACACUAAUAGAUGUGGCACCGGUUUGACCUGCCAAGGCCGGCCGGCUGAGACGAGACCACUUCUAGCCUUGUUGGAAGGACGCGGGAUUUGCUCCAGGUCGACUUCAGGAAAUGGGACUUCGAUGCCGGCUCGUGGUGAAGACAACACCACAGACGAGGACGUAAGCUCCAGAGGAGGGGUGACCGCACCCAAGGCAGAGGGGGAUGAGGACAAGAUGCCGCGGUGUACGAAGGCCCGGCCGCCCGCUGGCGGCGCGGGCACGGACGUGCCCAAAUUCACCUUCGAGUCCAAGCUGGAGACGGAGAACGGCCCAUGCAGGAGGGAGUUGGAGAGUGUGCUGAAGAGCUUGAAACUCAGGAACAUCGUGUACCCCCAGGCAUUACACAUUCCCAACUGCGACAAGAAAGGAUUCUACAAGAAAAAGCAGUGUCGUCCAUCCAGAGGGCGGCAGAGGGGCUUCUGCUGGUGCGUGGAUAAGAACGGACAGCCCCUGCCCGUCAUGGAGGGGACGGAGAGGGGCGACGGCCAGUGCUACAGUCCCGAAAACCUGUGAGUCACGAG